AUGUCAGUUCGUCCCCUGCUUGGUUCGGUCGACUGCAGUUCCCGCUAUGAGGCCACCUCUAGCAGAGGGAAUGAUGACGGUCCAACUCUUCCUCUAGAUGACAUUGACAGACCAAUCGUGGAGAAGAGGCUUCUCCGUAAGUUGGACCUUCGAAUGGCCUUCCUAGUUCUAAUUUACAUUAUGAAUAUCAUGGACCGUUAUAAUGUAGCUGCGGCGAGGCUGCAUGGUUUCGAGGAGGACCUUGGCAUGACGGGGAACCAAUUCAACACACUUGUCAGCAUUCUUUUUGUGGGGUAUUUGUUGACGCAGACUCCUUCCAACAUAAUCUUACAUCACAUGAAAAGGCCAUCAUUAUACCUCUCGAGCUGCAUGAUAGCAUGGGCCGCUAUCACCGUGUUCAUGGGCGUAGUGCAAACGUAUCAUGCCGCUCUUAUUUUGCGCUUUUUUAUUGGAUUCGUGGAGGCGACAUUCCUUCCCGGAGCUCUAUUACUUCUUUCACGAUGGUAUAAGAAAAAUGAACUAGCGUUACGCACAGCACUUCUUUUUUGCGGCAGCCCCGUCAGUAAUGUUUUUGGUGCUCUUAUUGCGUCGGGAAUUUUAGAAAGCCUAGACGGUACACUAGGUUUUACGGCUUGGAGGUGGCUCUUCUUUGUGGAGGGCGCUUUGACCAUCGUGGUCGCAGUGUCUGCAAUCUGGAUUUUGCCUGAUUUUCCUUCAACGCCAAGCGUCUGGCUCUCACCUGAUGAACAGACACUGGCCAAACGACGGAUGGAGGAAGAAGUUGCGACCAUUGAGCGCGAGGGCAAGCCCGAAGGGAACUUCUCUGGUCUUGUCGAGACUCUUAUGGAUUGGAGGGUAUGGUGGCUUGGUGUUGCUCUUCAUUUGAUGAUUUGCUCGCAGUCAUUCACCGUUUUUUUCCCGACCCUAAUCGCUACAAUGGGUUACAACGCGACUACGAGCCUCUUGCUCUGCGCGCCUCCUUGGAUUUUGGGAACUGCAACCUCAUUUGUUGUGGCCAGGCACUCCGAUGUAACUGGUGAUCGCUUCUGGCACAUCGUCGGUCCUCUACUUGUCGGUAUCGCUGGGUUUAUGAUGGCGAUUUCAACAAUGAAUACGGCUAUACGAUAUCUAUCUCUAUUCCUUAUGGCUCAGAGCCCAGUUGCCUAUGUUGUCUCUUUGACCUGGGUCAUGAAUACGUUUUCCCAGUCACAGUCGAAACGUGCAGCAGCCAUCGCACUAGUAAACACUAUGGCAGUAGCUAGCCACAUUAGUUCAUCAUACUUUUGGCCGUCCAGUUGGGGGACCUUCAUACGUGAACUCGUAUCUCAUUUGCAUAUUGGCAAGCGUCCUGUGCAUUGCGAUGUGCUGGGUAUUUAGGGAGCACCUUUCCCGGUGUAAUGAAGCUGCUGAAGCCGAAGAGAAAGUUCUAGGGCUACCUGAGGGUUUUAGAUAUCUCCUCUAGAGCGUGGUUGGGAUCACAUUAGUAUGAAUGUAUACUAGCGCACACAAGUAAGACUCUAUAUCCUGGAUCUCUUGUUUAGCGAAUCAUAGUUUGACGAUGCAGAGCUCUAUAGUACUUGUUUCUUGCCAUUGACUUUUGUCGUCGGAUCGAUCGAUGUGAUAAUUGCAGUUUACAGAAGACUUGUUGUCGAUUUGCUGAUCUGUGCAUGAUGGUGG